AUGUCUUUCAAGAGGGAAGGAGACGAUUGGAGUCAACUCAAUGUACUCAAAAAACGAAGAGUCGGGGACUUGCUGGCCAGUUACAUACCGGAGGAUGAGGCGCUAAUGCUACGGGAUGGACGCUAUGCUUGUGCCAUCUGCCCUCACCGGCCUGUUCUGGACACCCUGGCCAUGCUGACUGCUCACCGUGCAGGGAAGAAACAUCUGUCCAGCUUGCAGCGUUUUUAUGGCAAAAAGCAGCAGGGAAAGGGAAUGGAAAUGAAUCCAAGACAACAGAAUGAAAUGAGAAGGGAAGAGACUAACACUGAGGCUCCUCUGCUGGCCCAGACUCGACUGAUCACUCAAAGCGCUCUGCACAGAGCUCCCCACUAUAACAGUUGCUGCCGGCGGAAGUACAGAUCAGAAGUUCCUGGUCCCUCUGUCUCCCUUUCCCCUUUACCAUCCCCAGGAGUGGAACUCCAAAAUGAGGAGAUCAGCAAGGAAUCUGAGCUGGAAGCUGGUCCACAGGCCAAGAAGUCGGCAACUGUCUCAACCCCUGCACCUAUGAGCCCCACAAGACGACGAGCUGUGGAUCAUUACCUCACCCUUCGAAGUUCUGGAUGGAUCCCAGAUGGACAAGGUCGGUGGGUGAAAGAUGAGAAUGUUGAAUUUGAUUCUGAUGAGGAGGAACCUCCCGACAUUCUCCUGUACUGA